AUGACAAAUUUGAACCUCUCAGGUGAUAAUGUAGUAGAUUCAUCAUAUAUAGACUACUAUCUUAAAAACAAAUAUGAUUCGUCAAGGACUUUUAGUUUGCAUGUUGUGACGGAGGGAGAGGUCGCCACCAUUGUUCGGGAAUUGCGUUCUAACGCCGUCGGCGUGGAUGGCAUUUCACUGGAUAUGCUACUUUUAUCUAUUCCGUACACACUAAACUCUUUUACCAACUUAGUAAAUAGAAGCAUCUUAUCUUCAACUUUCCCCGAGAUGUGGCGUGAUGCUGUGGUGCGUCCUAUUCCUAAAACUUCCCACCCUUCGGAAUUUAAAGAUCUACGUCCAAUAAGCAUAUUGUCGUGUCCCUCAAAAAUCUUGGAAAAAAUUGUCUGCAAGCAACUCACUGAAUACGUAGAAAGUGGAAGCAUCCUAUCCGUAAUGCAGUCUGGUUUUAGGAAGCACCACAGCACUACGACCGCUCUUGUGAGUGUGAUCGAUGACAUGCUUCAUGCCCAAGAUAGCGGAAAUGUUACUAUUGUUGUAUUUCUUGAUUUUUCUCGGGCGUUUGAUGCUAUUAAUAUUGACUUACUUUUAGCAAAACUCCGAUUUUACGGAUUGGAUGAGUCCACUGUUCUGUGGUUUGCCAGUUAUCUACAAGAUAGGUACCAAGUUGUAGAAAUAAAAACAGAGGAGGGAAAUGUGAUUUCCUCGCGACGUAGCCCAGUUAAAAGAGGAGUGCCUCAAGGUUCCAUACUGGGGCCAAUCUUGUUUAGCAUUUACUCCGCCGACGUCACUAAGUGCAUACAAAAUUGUAAAUUUCAUAUUUAUGCUGACGACAUUCAGAUAUAUUUUUCUUUUCGAUCCCAUGACGUUGCAUCCUCUUUAGGUAAAAUUAACGGUGAUCUGGAUAGGAUUUUUGACUGGGCCAAGUCAAAUGCUUUGGUUUUGAACCCCAAUAAAACGAAGUAUAUGAUAAUCGGUACGAGAAAGCAGGUACAGAAAGUCCAGGACUUUGAUCCACUGAUUGCUGUUAAUGGCUGCAAAAUCGACAGAGUAUCAGAAGCUCGUAAUUUGGGGCUUCUGAUGGAUGAAAAUCUGCGAUUCGAAAAACAUGUUUCAAAGUUAGUACUGAAUGAAGUACUGAUGAUUGGUUUGUUGUUGCUUACAGAAGUAAACUCUCUCGUGCUCCGAGCGUAUAUUUCACAACAUGGCCUACACGGAGAAAUCGAGUUCUCGAGCAGAAAUGACACACUUAUCAGCGUCAGAACUAACUUGAAACCGACUCUACAGUAUCCCGACGGUGUUUGGAAAUGGACGAUACACGAAUACCCCGUCGAUUACAGAGACACAUCGACAGAAAGAUGUUCAGAAGCCAAUCUCGGGAAGGAGCUGAUCGAUCUCACAGAGGAACUUGGUUUCUUGAUAAUUCCAGGCAAAGAUCAUGCGGAAUUUGAAAGUAAAAAUUCGUUAACUGGACCUCUAGGGCUCUGGGGUAGAAGUAUUCUUCUCGAAACGGCAGAAAGAGAUAGAGUUAUCUGCGCCUCCAUUUUAUCCAUAGAUAUGAUGCAUGAAAAGCACGCUGUUGCUAAAUUUACUUCACCCAUUGCUGGUAUUUUGAAUUUUAGAUGGCUAGGAACUCACGAGUACGAUGAUUUGGAUUCAUACAUCCAAGCUGACCUUUAUCACACCAAAGUUGUUAAGCAUGAUUUCGGUUACACAGAACAUAAAUGGAAAUUGUUCGUGACCGACAUUUUCGACUCAGAUAAGGGUAGCCAUGAAGAUAAUUGCAAUGUUCUCCAAAUUGUGUUUGAUCCUGAGAACAGAGGUGACGGUAUGAGUGUAGGUGAUCUCGAUACUCACUUGGGUCUGAUUCAAGUUGCUACUGAUGCGGCGGAAAAGAAAACUAAGAAGAUGCUUAAAAACGAAGUAUUAAAUAUGCUGAGGACUGACAUGGAGGAGACGAAGAGAAGUCUAUAUGUGGUUAUCUUCGAUACUAGACAUACAGAUAGUUUCCUGGCGUGUGCGAAGCUAAGACUGUUGCCGCCGAAAAGUACCAAAGCUCUCAUCAACAUGGACGGCAUCAAAGGCACCGUGGAAUUCACCCAGCGAUCUCCCUUCGACCCGACGUGGGCGAACUUCCAGCUAGGCGCUUCAGAUGGGGACUAUGAAUCUAAUCUUAGAUUCGUGAGUUCCAUGCUGCAGUACAGCAUCAGGGAGCUACCUCCGAAGUUCGUGGACGCUACUUCGUGGACCUCCGUGUGUAAUACAACAGGAAAUUUGUACAAUCCUACUGACAUUGAUGUAAAGGAAGUUCCACCUCCAGGAAUGGGCACAAUGGACCAGUACCCCGUGGGCGACCUGUUCGGCAAGUACAAGGGCCGCACGGAAUAUCUGAACCACAAGUACUUAUUGCCGGGACUGGUCAAUGAGCUCAGUGGAGAGUACUGGGACGUCUUCUUACCGCUCAGCGGUCGACACAGCGUCUUACACAGGGCUAUGGUUUUGACGAGGAGAUCACCAAAACAGGAGCUCUGUGCUACAAUCCUUCCCUACGAGUACGGAACUGACUAUCAGACUCAGAUGAGUUCAGCGCAGGUGGUGUUCCGCUACCCCAUCGUCGGCAGAGUCAUAUUCAGACAGCCGCUGGAGCGGCCGUGGGAGGACACUACUAUCAUUAUCGAGAGCAUGGUGCACGCGGACGGCGCCAGUGUCAACAACACGCGCGAGCACCGCUGGGCGGUACACGAGCACGCGCCCGGCGCGGACUACUACAACUGGACGGCGCGCUGCCUCAGCGCCGGCCGCGUGCUGCAGCAGCGCGAGCUGGACGUGGACGCGCGCGCGCCCGAGCGCUGGUGCGGCCGCGCGCCGGGCCUGUGCCGGCUGGGGGACUUCACCGCCAGGCACGGCAUGUUGUCGAUCGCGGGUAAGAAGGUGGACAGCGCUCGUCUCACGCGGCGUCUGUUCACGGACAGUUUGGUCGCUCUGUCGGGUGUGCGUUCCAUCAUGCGUAGGUCACUCGUCAUAUACGAUGACCACGGACCCGUCGCUAGAGGAGAAAGACUAGCGUGCUCUAUAGUGAACGGUCUUCAUCGUCGCAAGGCAGUGAUUCAAAAUUGGUUCGGGAACGGGUUCCCAGUGGGUUUGAAAGGAAAGCUGGAGCUGACUCAACAGUCGGAGUACGACGUCACGAACGUUCAAGUCACGUUGGAAGGUCUGGAUGAGGAUAUUAGGAAUUAUAAGAUACAUGAGGCCCCGAUAGAGAAAGAGCUGGAGUUUCCUUGCGAGAAGACAACGAUUUACGACACUUACAACCCGUACCACGUGAACAAGUCGCUCAGUCCUCCAACUGCAAAGGGAACAGCAGAUCAAUAUGAACUCGGCGAUUUGGGUGAAAAAUACGGUCUUCUAGAUGACAAGAAGACGUUCACAGCGUACUACAAUGAGACCCAACUCUCUCUGUUUGGCCCUUACAGUAUUUUGGGAAGAUCUGUUGCCCUACACAGAAAGGCCAAAGACCGUCGCUGGGCGUGCUCCACAGUGGAGCGCGGCUACAGCCCGUCCGAGGCGCGCGAGCUGCGCGCCAUCGCGUCCUUCCACCACCCGGGCGGGUUCGCGUACGGCUUCGUGCGCCUGUCGCAGCUGGUGCACGGCGACGGCGGCGCCAGCGACACCGUGCUGGAGGUCAAGCUGCGGCACCCCGGCGUGAGGGACACCAACCUCACGCGCCAGCACCGCUGGGAGGUGUUCGUGAACCCGGUGGGCGUGGACGCGGCGGUGCGCGUGACGGGCACGCGCUGCGUGGCCGGCGGCUACCGCUGGAACCCGCACUUCACGCAGCUGGCGGACCCGCUCAACCACGACCUCUACAAUCAAGAAUGCGGAGCCGACAAUCCUCUGAGAUGUGACGUGGGUGAUUUAACUGCAAGAUUGGGAACUAUCACCAUAGGUGGUGAGCGCCAAAUGUUUGUGGACAGCAAUCUCCCGCUCGAAGGAAAGGUGUCUGCGAUGGGUCGCUCCAUCGUCAUUUUUGGUCCGGACGGGACAUCUGAGCGGUUCGCCUGCGCCAAUAUACUACCAGAUAAGGACAUAAUCAAGUUCGUUAAUAUUAUGAAGCCGCCCAGAUUUGUUCUGGGCCAGUUCCUGGCGGCGGUGCGGCGCGUGCUGGGCGUGCCGCCGUGGAUGGUGGGCGUGGACUCGCGGCGCACGCGCACGCUGCACGCCGGCGCCUGCGUGCAGCUGCUGCUGCACUUCAGCGGGCCCGACGCGAGCCGCCUCGAGCUGGACUUCACUAAGUUACUGGCAUCAGGACGGUUGGAUUCUCCGUCGAUCUUCAUUCCGGGUUUCGUUGACACAAAGCGCAAAAAAACCAUCUCCUACCGUCAGUGUGGGGUCACUGACCCGAAUGAAAGGAAGACAAAUUUAGAGGGUCCGUUUCUAUUCUUCGGACCAAGGUUACUUGAAAAGUACAAAAGACCAGCGCUCCAGUCUUUAGACCAGGAUGACUUGAUGAAGAUAUACGGCGAACAGGCAGCGAUAGUGGUGUUCAAUAACCAGGACUCUGUGCCCUUGUCCAGUGGAAAUUUUCCAAGAUUGAGGAAGAUGCUCGAGGGUCAGACUACGCUGGUUCUGCCACAGGACUUUUUGGAUGUUCAUCCGGAUUAUAUAAGCAACGAGACUCAGGUUUUGACACUACAAGGCCCUUGGUCGGAACGUGACGCUCAGAUGACGGAGACUUUUGCUAGACUACAGGAUAUAUAUGGCACCGGUCGAGUUUUAGGAGUUUUAGGUAACUCAGUAUCCCAAAACCAGCCGUCAGACUACGAUGGUGACUGGGUGAGGGUUCGUCGCCAGGCUGAUGACGUCACCACCACUACCGCUCCAGUUGUUGAGGAAGAGAAGCCUGGGAGGAUACUGCCGAAAUACGCUCUUUAUAAUGCUUCUGGUCCUCCAGGUAAAGGAGCUCUGUUGUACUCCACGGGAUGGCCAGAGCUGAGGUGGCCAGAUGGCUCAGUGACGGUGCUGGACACGCCAGUGGGGGAGCCGACGGUGAAACCUACUCGACUUUAUACCAUCCUGGUAGUUCGAUUUGCUGAUGGAGACAAUACUAGGGACAAGAUAACCCUGGAGUUCUCAUUCAAACAAUCAGCGGGUUGGUGGACGGCAGUGGGCGUGGAGGUGAAGCGAGGUCUGGAGAACACAGGUCUGAACCUGCAAGCUCCAGCGCCUCCAGAUGCACCGUCUGCUGUGAUGGGGAAGGCGUACCAAUGCUCACAGCCCCUUGUGUACGAGUCUGAGGAAGCUAGCCUCGUGCUGCCUAAUGUUCUGAUGCAACCUUUCAUGGACAGUACAGAGAAGUUCGCUGAUGCAUUUGAUUGUAUCACCUUUACAACUGUGCCCAUUUGGUCUGGUCUCAUGGUGUCAUUCCUGAUGCUGUUCGUCCUCGGGAUCUCGAUCUCGAUGAUCUUGGACAUCAAGACCAUGGACCGGUUCGAGACGAAUAAAACGAAGCAGCUCACCAUCACCGUCAGCGAUUGA